AUGCAAGCUGGUCAGUCUGUCGAUGCUAGUCAAGCCACUCCAGUCGCUUUCAACGGGACCUUCUGGCUCGAACUCAUCAAUCAUAAUGGCACGGCUACGUACAAUCCGGAUCCCUCCUCAUAUCGUGUCUUUCGCAAUGUAAAGGACUUUGGCGCCAAGGGUGAUGGCACAACCGAUGACACCGAGGCCAUCAACCUGGCCAUUAGCCAAGGUGGUCGCUGCGGUCAAGGUUGUGGAAGCUCCACUGUUUCGCCCGCCGUAGUCUAUUUCCCGCCCGGCAAGUAUCUCGUCUCCUCACCCAUCACUUCCUACUACUACACACAACUGGUCGGCAGCGCUACGGAUCGUCCCACUCUGCUGGCCGCCCCUUCCUUCCAAGGGAUCGCAGUGAUCGACGAGGACCCUUACGCUUCUGAUGGAUCCAACUGGUACAUCAAUCAGAACAACUUCUUCCGUGCUGUGUACAACUUCAAGAUCGACUUGACCCAAAUGCCACCUUCAUCCGGCACAGGCAUUCACCAUCAGGUGAGCCAGGCAACCAGCCUCUUCAACGUCCACUUUGAAAUGCGUCAGGACGCUGACAACGGUCAGCAGGGCGUCUUCAUAGAGAAUGGUAGUGGCGGUUUCAUGACCGACCUCACCUUCCGAGGUGGAAGAUACGGUGCUUACCUGGGCAACCAGCAGUUCACCGUUCGCAACAGCUCGUUUGAAAACUGUCAGACUGCCAUCUCGCAGGCAUGGAAUUGGGGAUGGUCGUACCACGACAUUCGCAUCGUAAAUUGUACGCUGGGCUUGGAAAUGCGCACCAGUGCGGAUCCGGCGUCAGGUAGCCAAGGGGCUGCCUCCAUCUUGGCCUACGACUGGAGCCUGGACAGCGUAGAGACCGCUUUCAACAUCACCACGCCUGGCUCUGGCACGCUGAUACUCGACAACAUUUCCAUCGACAAGGUUGGUACCGUUGUCUUAGCCGGCCAAGAUUCAGUCUUGCUCGUGGGCUCUGACACGCCGUCUGUGGUUGCGAGUUGGGUGCAGGGUGCUACGGUAGAUGGCAAGCAACCACUGGAAAAUGUGCAAAGCGUGUCGACAGUCAACAUUGCAAGACCGGCAACGUUGGUGAAAACGGAAGAGCCUUCCAGACCUUGGUUCAGCCGCAGCAGACCUCAGUACGAAUGGGCUGGGCCUUCUGACAUAGUCAAUGUAAAGCAGCUUGGAUGUGCCGGAGACGGAACGACCGACGAUUCGCAGGCUCUCCAACAAAUUCUCAACGAGAACGCCGGACAGAAGAUCGUCUACGUGCCUCAGGGUACGUAUUACCUCGAGUCAACCGUCACUUUCCCCCCGGGCACGAGGGUUGUGGGCGAGGUAUGGCCAGUCCUAAUUGGCGGCGGCCCGCUUUUCCAGAAUGCCUCAGCUCCACAACCGGUUGUACGCAUCGGGAAUCCGGGUGAUUCCGGCGUCAUGGAGAUCUCUGACAUGAUAUUUUCGACGAGAGGACCGGCUCCUGGUGCCAUCGUUGUUGAAUGGAACAUUCGAGAGCACGAGGGCACACAGGGCUCGGCAGCGAUCUGGGAUAGCCAUAUCAGGGUUGGUGGUUUCGCGGGCACCAACCUCGAGGCGGACAAAUGUGCGCGUGAGCAGCCGUUGAGUGAUGACUGUCGUGCAAGCUUCCUCAACUUGCACCUCACGCCUAAUUCGAGUGCAUACAUGGAAAACACGUGGGUAUGGACCGCGGAUCACGAUCUCGACUACGCCGAACGCACACAAGUGAAUCUUCUCUCGGGACGUGGUGUCCUCAUCGAAUCGGCCCAAGGUCCAGUUUGGAUGUACGGCGGCGCCUCAGAGCAUUCCGUGCUAUACCAGUACAACAUCGUCAACGCCAACAACGUCUUCAUCUCUUUAGCUCAAACUGAAACCGCUUACUUUCAGGGAAACGGCCGCGCGGUCGCAAGUGCCGAGGAGCCGCUCUCGAUCGAAUUGUACCACGAUCCUAACUUCAACCUCUCAUCUGCUCAGUGCACUGCUUCUCCCUUUCAGGAUCCAAGCGAUCCCUACGAGAAUCGUGGAUUCGGUAUGCGCAUCGCCAACAGCACCAACGUCUUUGUCUACGGUGCCGGCCUCUACUCUUUCUUCGACAACUACGACCAGAGUCAGGUGUCGGCGCGACGAUCGCAAAAGAGGAUCCUCUGGCUUCAAGACGUGCAAGAUGAUGCCAAUGUGUGGAUCCUCAACCUCAACACGGUCGGUGUCGAACAGAUGGUCACCGUCGACGGUCAAGACGUCGUUGACGAGCAGCCGCUUCGCAACGGUUUUGGAAACACCCUGGCAGUCUGGACUACGCAACUUUGA